GUAUGCUAAUUUAACAGACAAGCUUCCAUAUAAAACCAAGGGUGGAUAAGAAGUCCCAUGAAUUCCAAAAAAACAAAAAGGAAGAUAUUACAUAGGCAUCCACCCAACUCAUAGUACUAAAUUUUCUGCAUCAUAUUUACAACUUUAUUUGUGCUAAUAAAAUUGCCUACCCGAGAUUUCAUAUUUAUCCUACCUAUAAAACAAUCUUAAUUACCAUUUAUGUGAAAACCACAUUCCCCUCACACAUGGACAACAAAUCUUCUUGUAUUGACUCUUCCAUUGUAAGCCGUCAUAAAUUUAGCAAUGUACUAAUAUACCAAAAUGGUCUAUAUUGAUUUUCAUAUCUCCUGCAUUGUAAGAGCAAUAAAUUUCUAUUUAGGAUGUAAUCUUCUAGAAUUGGUUAGGUAGCCCUUGCUGCUCCUAUAUAUAUCGCAGGCUCUUUGGGGCAAGCAAAACCACUAAAGCUAAUAAGGCUUUUCCUUCUUCUUCCCUAGUUUGCAAUUGUUUUUCCUCUCAAUUUUUUCUCUUGCAUCCAUGACUAGAAAGAAGGUCAGCCUGACCUACAUCACUAAUGACUCAGCUAGAAAAGCCACAUUCAAGAAAAGGAAGAAGGGUUUGAUGAAGAAGGCGAAUGAACUUAGCACCCUUUGUGAUAUUCAAGCAUGUGUUAUUAUUUAUAGCCAGUAUGAAUCUCACCCUGAAGUUUGGCCAUCCCCUUUGGGAGUGCAACGCAUUGUCUCACAAUUCAGGAGCCUGCCAGAGAUGGACCAGAGCAAAAAGAUGGUCAACCAGGAGACCUUUCUGAGGCAGAGGAUUGUGAAAGCCAACGAGCAGCUGAAGAAGCUGAGGAAGGAGAAUCGGGAGAAGGAGAUGUCGAGGGUCAUGUUUCAGAGCCUGACUGGUAAGCCUCUGCAGGGACUGACCAUGAUUGAUCUGAACGACCUCGGGUGGCUCAUUGACCAGAACUUGAAGGAGCUGGUUGAUAAGAUCAAGACCCGGAAGGAGGAGCUGGCUCAGAGAAAUCCAGUCCCAGUCCCACCAACUCCAGCAGCUGUGCCUGCAGCUGGAGACCAUGCCCUGAACCUGAACAUGCACGCAACAAUGGAGAGACAAGCUUUCGGGCUUAGCAACAUGGGCAACACCAUGCAGAGGCCUUCAUGGUUCACAGACAUGAUGAACCCUAAUGAGCAAAUGGGGUUUGGUGCUGUGGCUGAGGUUCUGCCCUUUGGGGAUCAAUACCAUCAUGGUCAUGGUCUUUGGUCUAACAAUCCUUUUUUUCCUUGA